GUGCUGGAUUGAAAAGCUUGCCCAUAUUCCAGCACUAGUCCUGUACUCCCGUGCGCUAGUGCGCUCGGCGCUGCCCCCGUCCGCCCGCAGUCCGUCCCCGCUCGCCGCCCAUGCGCUCGCCGGCCGCCCCUCGGCGCUCCCCCAUCUCCUCCCGCUCCGCCCCCGCCCUCCGUCUGGUAGUCCGUCGCCGCUCCUCCCGCACGCCAGCACGACCUAGUAGACGGCUCGAAGCGAAGACGGUCCCAUUUCCAGUCUCCGUGGUCAAGAUGGAUUUAGAGGUAUCCGAGGGUUCAGGUACUAAUGCCACCUCGGAUGACCAAUCGGUGCAAACGCUGCCUAGAAGGGCAAAGCUUUUGGAGUAUUUUCAACCGGAGUUAGUUGAGGUCAAUGGCGUGAUGAAGGCUAUUUGCAAAUAUUGCGGGGCGAUGUUGAGGAGUUCAAGCACAAAUAGCCUUAGAAACCACGUUGCGGAUACAUGUCCUAAAAUUUCAGUUGAGGACCGCAAGCAAUUCAUUGCUACAAUGGAAAAAGGACCAGCGGAAGCUUCAUUUGUGUUUGACUCUCAAAAGGCUCGUGAGUGUAUGGUUAAGUGGUGCAUCAGUGCCGAGGUCGCAUUCAACAAGUUUGACGAUCCUUUCUUUGCUCAGUGGAUGGAGUCAAUGCAGCCAUCAUUCAGCGGUGUUGGGCGUCAAACAAUGCAAAAUGAUUGUAUUACCAGAUUCAAGAUGAUGAGGCAAGAGCUAAGAAAUGAGCUACAAAGUCUUAACUCUCGGAUUUGCUUGACAACUAAUCUUUGGACCUCAAAUCAGAAGUUGGGUUAUCUUUGCUUGACAGCCCACUACAUUAAUGCAGACUUUAUCUUGAAAAAAAAGAUUAUUGCGUUCAAAUAUUUGAAAUAUCCACAUACAGGCCUAGCAAUCAAAGAAGGAAUUACAGAGUGUCUCAAAGAGUGGGGGAUAAAAGAGAAGAUGUUUACUAUCACAUUAGAUAAUGUUUCUAACAAUCUGUCAGUGCGUGACCUUCGAGAAAGUGGGCUAUUUGGAGGCGAUCUUCGUAUUGUCCAAUGUUGUGCACACAUAUUGAUUCUCUUAGUUCAAGAUGGAAUGGCAAUUGCUCAUGGAGCAAUCUAUAAGAUUCGUGAGCUGGUCAGACAUAUCAAUUCCUCACCCUCCCGCAUACAAGCUUUUAAUGGGAUUGCUGAGAGGUCUGGAUUGCCUUCAAAGGAUAGAUUAAUUCUUGACGUUCCAAACCGUUGGAAUUCGACACACGACAUGAUUAUGGAGGCCAUUGAGUACAAGGUUGUCUUGAAAAGAUAUGCUGAAGAACAACUUGAGCCUUCACCAAAUGAUGAAGAGUGGACAAAUUCUGAGGCAAUUGGAGAGUUUCUUGAGGCAUUUGAGAAAGCUACAAAAGCAUUCUCGACACAUAGAAGUCCAACAUCUCAUUUGUUUUUACAUAAUGUGCUAUGUAUCCAUCGAACUCUGAGAAAUACAAAUUGGCAAAUCAAUUGUGUGCUUAAGGAUUCGGCACGGGCGAUGGAUGCUAAGUUCGAUAAAUACUGGGAGAAGGGCAAGUAUAACAUGACACUUGUCUUAGCCACCAUACUUGAUCCAUCAAAGAAGAUGGAUUUUUUGGACUUCUUUUAUGAGAAGAUGUCUCAAUAUUUUGUUGACAUCCAGAUAAACGUGGUCUUGGUUAAACAAUGUCUCACCAAAUUAUUUGAAAAAUAUGCAACACUUGUUCAAAUAGAUAAUAAAAGUUCACCUUUUAUUGAUAUAAGGACUAGUAAUUUAGGCUCAACAGUUCUUGGAAAAAGAAGGUUGGAUGAAGAAUUUUCUCAAUGGUCCCAAAUAAGAGGAAGACGUUUUCCAAAGUCUGAGCUUGACACAUACUUAGAGGAAGAACUUGUGAGAAUAGAUGAAAGAUUUGAAAUUCUAAAUUGGUGGAGGACAAAUGCAAACAAAUACCCGGUGCUUUCAGCUAUGGCGCGUGAUAUUUUAGCAAUACCUUUGAGCACUGUUCCUUCGGAGUUUGCGUUCAGCGCUGGUGGUCGUAUUCUUGAUGAUAAUCGAAGCACAAUGACACCAGAAACACUUGAAUGCUUUGUAUGCUGUAAGGAUUGGUUAUAUGAAUACCCAAAUAUUCAAGCUUAGUUGAUCUGACUUCCUUCAAACAUGUUGAACAGUACGGCAUUCAAGGUUCAUGUGAUGAUCCAUAAUUAUGGAUUGAUGUGUUGACAGAUUACAUCUUUCUACCUUUGUUGGAAGGAGAUUUAUGCAUCAUUCUGCGGGCUCCUGUAGCUGCUUAGGGAUGACCCUUCCACUGCUGCUCGCUUCAAGCUUGAUCAGAUACUCUUUCUACUGAUACGCAAGGUGUAAAACUGCCGUGUUAUGUGGUAGAUUGGUGUGUGUACUGUUUUCUUUAUGUGUAAAACUGUCUGCUUGAUCAGGGGUGAGUAUUGUUUUCUUUAUCACUCUGGAUUCAUGGUAAUGAGUUCCUAUUUCAGUAUUUCUUGCCAAAAAGAUUGUUGUGCAUUAAGGAUAUUUGACAGAUGUUCUUUGUUAUUUCUCUCAAGACCUGAAAGUUUAUCAACCAAAUCUGCCACUGUAUGCAGUUCUCUGUUA